GUCGAACCGUUUUCCGGCGUAUUCGACAUUAAGUACUUGCAAGGGACUGUGAUAAGUCUGCUAUAGAAAGUUGCUCUCGCAUUUUACGACUUUGUGUCAUUAAUUUAUAAAAAUAACUUGGUUCAUUAACGUUUCAAUGAUGUUUGCAACCAGACGUGCACUUUUCUCCAAUAUCAUCAAAGAUACAUGUACAAGAGCAAAGCAUACACUGCCUGAUUUACCUUAUGAUUAUAAAGCUUUGGAACCUAUUAUUUCUGCUGAAAUUAUGCAACUUCAUCAUUCAAAGCAUCAUGCAACUUAUGUUAACAAUUUGAAUGUUGCUGAAGAAAAAAUGAAAGAAGCUGUUGCCAAAGGCGAUGUUAAUAUGCAAAUUACGUUGGGUCCUGCAAUUAAAUUCAACGGAGGUGGUCAUUUGAAUCACUCGAUUUUUUGGUGUAAUCUUUCACCAAAUGGCGGCAAACCGGACGCUGCACUCCUCCAACAGAUAGAGAAGGAUUUUGGCAAUAUAGAAGAGAUGAAAAAACGAUUAUCCGAAAGUACUAUUGCGGUUCAAGGCUCUGGUUGGGGUUGGCUUGGAUAUUGUCAAAAAUCAAAAUCUUUAAAGAUAGCUACUUGUAGUAAUCAAGAUCCCCUACAAGCUACGACCGGUUUAAUACCACUUUUUGGUAUUGAUGUUUGGGAACAUGCGUAUUAUUUACAAUAUAAGAAUGUUCGUCCCGACUAUGUUAAAGCUAUUUUCGAUAUUGUAAAUUGGAAUGAUGUAAACUCACGCUACAAGAAUGCUGCUGGACGUUAGGAAUUGUACGAAAUUAUAAUAGCAUCGAAAGUAAUUCUUA